AUGUACACUCAAGCAAUUGUCGCUUUUGGCCUGGCCACCCUUGCCAGUGCCCACAUGAAGAUGAGCUCGCCUCAGCCCUAUGGUGCUUCCGACCUCAACAACAGCCCUCUCGCUGCUGACGGCAGUGAUUUCCCUUGCAAGCAGCGAUCCAGCGUCUAUGAUGCUCAGGGCGCUACCAACGUAUACGCUCAGGGUGGCGGUGGCCAGCUUGCAUUCAUUGGCUCCGCCGUUCACGGUGGCGGUUCCUGCCAGGUCUCCAUCACGUACGAUGCUAAGCCCGACAAGAACAGCGUCUGGAAGGUUAUCAAGUCCAUCGAGGGUGGCUGUCCUGCCAAGAACGCCGCGGGCAACCUCGGUGACAACGCCAACCAGGAGAACCAGGACAAGUACGACUUCGACAUUCCUAGUGACAUGCCCGCUGGUAAUGGAACUAUCGCCUGGACUUGGUUCAACAAGGUCGGCAACCGCGAGAUGUACAUGAACUGCGGCCCCGUCACCAUCACUGGCUCUGGCGGCUCUCAGACGGCCUAUGAAGCUCUUCCCGACAUGUUUGUUGCCAACAUUGGCGGUUGCCAGACGGCAGAGGGUACUGAUGUCAAGUUCCCCAACGCUGGCAAGUUUGUCGACAGAUUUGGUGACGCCAGUGUCCUGAAGACUCCUUCCUGCGGUGGUGGCUCUGGCGGCGGCUCUGGCGGCGGCUCCGGUGGUGGCUCUGGCGAAUCUCCUGCUCCCAGCAGCACCGCCGGCAACGGAGCUGGUCAACCUACUCCCACUCCCACUCCCACUUCUGCUCCCUCCAAGGCCAAGCCCACCGGCGGAGCCUCCAUCCCUGGCGGUGUCUUCAUCACCGUCCCGAACGAUUCCGCUCCUUCUGCUACUGCCUCUGCUACCAAGGCUCCCGUCGCCACCGCAAAGCCCAGCGCCGCUCCCUCGUCAGGCAAUGGCUCCGGCAAUGGCUCCGGCUCUGGUUCUGGUUCUGGCUCCGGCUCUGGCAAUGGUACUGACACCCCCAAGACUGGUGCUGGUGCCCAGACUGUUGGUGCUGCUUGCACCGACGAAGGCGCCUGGAACUGCGUUGGCGGUACUUCUUUCCAACGUUGCGCCAGCGGUACCUGGUCCGCCAUUCAACAAUUGGCCUCUGGCACCUCUUGCACAGCCGGCAUGGGCUCCUCAAUCUCCAUGGUUGUGACCAGAAAUGGCCGCAAGCGUACCCUCCGCUUCCGUUCUUCCGCCUAA